GGGGUGUAAACCUAAAACCGGUCCCACCAUCAGGAAAACCGGCAAAUACCGAUAAGACUGAAUACAAGACAGAGCAACCUGCUGACUCCAUCUGAAUCAUAUCUCAUCAUGUCCGACUAUGUCUCUGGUGUCAGCUAUGAGGAAUGCAAGACCACAGCUGAUUGGCUGCUGUCCAACACACAGGUGCGGCCGACUGUGGGAAUCGUGUGUGGCUCGGGUCUGGGGGGUCUGGCUGAAAUGAUCAAGGACCCGCAGAUCUUCAAAUAUAGUGAUAUUCCCAACUUCCCCCGAAGUACAGUGCAUGGUCAUGCUGGCCGGCUGGUGUUUGGAACACUAAAAGGGAAGCCAUGUGUAUGCAUGCAGGGCAGGUUCCACCUGUAUGAGGGCUACCCCAUCCAGAAGAUCACACUGCCCAUGCGGGUCUUCAAACUGAUGGGCGUAGAGACGAUGAUAAUGACCAACGCAGCCGGAGGCCUCAAUCAGGACUACAAAGUGGGGGACAUCAUGAUCAUCAAGGACCACAUCAACAUGCCGGGGUUUUCUGGGGUCAACCCGCUGUCUGGACCCAAUGAUGACAGGUUUGGCCUGCGUUUCCCCUGCAUGUCUGAUGCCUACGACCGCAAGCUCCGGAAGCUGGCGCAUGACGUGGCGGCAGAGCUGGGCUACAGCGACUUCUUGCGGGAGGGAGUGUACUGCGUCCUUGGAGGUCCCUCUUUCGAAACCAUCGCCGAGUGCCGCAUGCUGCACAGGAUAGGCGCCGAUGCUGUCGGUAUGAGCACAGUGCACGAGGUGAUUGUUGCCCACCCACGAAGAGGUCCUGGAGACGGGCAAGCUGAGGGCCGAGCAGAUGGAAAAGCUCGUGUCCACCAUAGUGGCUCAGCUGGAGCACAACGCCCAUAACUGACAGCUGACGCGGCGGCCACCAUCACAUCACUGCGCCAGAUCGCUGCGUCACAGCUGGAGGAUUUUUAAAAUGGUUAUUAGAACGCUACAGAAACAAACAAAAAAAAAAAAGGCGUGGGGUUUUUAAAGCACAUGGCAUGGGUUUCUGUGACAACCUACUUUCUUAGCACAAACUGUUGCGUCUUAAGAGCUUAAAAACUGGUCCACUUUCUUUGUUUACAUUUACUGAGGUGUGCAGAUAUUGUUUAAGGACAGAAGUUCUCUGACUGUUUCUUGCUGUCGUAUAAUGCAUCCCACUGUAAAAUCUAAAUUAUUAAACUAUUUAUUGUUUCAGUCUCUAACAUUCCAUCAUGUCACGUAUUAGCUAAUACGAAAAACAAAUAUCAUAUUUUAUUUAAGAGGACCGACCAAUUAAACACACUCUCCUGUCAAUUUGACUAAAGUAGUAACAAUGUUCUGUUUUGUAGAAAAUAUGUCAAAUAUAAUAUGUAGUAAAGGUAUUUAAGUAGCUUCUUUGUAUUUGUUUUUAUGAUGUAUGGAGUAUCGAUAGACUAAGAUGAAGAAAGGGACAGCAUCCUGCAUGCUGCAGUUAUUGAAGAAAGCAAAUAUCCUGCUAUUUCUUAUCACUGUGUAAAGCUGACUGUUAGUCUGUGCUUUUAAAGGUAAAACUGUAACAACUUUGGAUCUGCUUUUACAAUAAAUUACUCAGCUGGA